AUGGCUCCAAUGGCUGUAGAUAGGUCGGCCGGGCUCCCGCGGGAAAGCGGUCGCCGCGUGUAUGUGGGGAACUUGUCGUGGGAAGUCAAGUGGAUGCAUUUGAAGGAUCAUAUGCGACGAGCUGGGGAAGUGGAUCAGUGCGACGUCUUGAUGGAACCGAGUGGUCGAUCCAAGGGAUGCGGCUUGGUCACCUACCGCACGGUGGAGAUGGCGAGAGAGGCCAUUCGGACGUUGACGGAUACGGAGCUCAUGGGACGCAAAAUCUUUGUGCGGGAAGACCGGGAGGAAGGUGCGAUGGGACUGCCGCCGUUUGCAUCGUCUUCAUUCAGCGGCGUUGGAGGGGGGUACCCUCAUUCGCAAGGCGGUGGGCCUCCACCCUACUCUGGAGGAGGGCUGGCUGGACCUGUCACGACUUCGCGGGUGUAUGUGAGCAAUCUAUCGUGGAGCGUCAAGUGGCAAGAGCUCAAGGACUUUAUGAAGCAAGCAGGCAACGUUCUCCAUGCCGAUGUCUUGGAAGAUCCGUCGACGGGGCGGUCCAAAGGAUGCGGUUUGGUGGAAUUCGACUGCCCAGAAGCGGCCGAACGUGCAAUUCGCAUGUUCAACGAUACGCAAUUUGGAGACCGCAAGGUUUUCAUUCGGGAAGACAGGGAAUCUAUGCGUCGGCCUGGGGUCCUCGCUUCGAUGGCCCACCUCCUGGCCGUGGCUUCGAUGGCCCACCUCCUGGCCGUGGCUUUGAUAUAG